AUGUGUGCUGAAGUGACAGCUGUGGUUGAUAGUUGGGCUAAAGUCCUUGGCCGUAAGAAAGCCAAACUCACUGAAGUUGGUCAAGCAGUACCUGCCCCCUUACACUUUGCUACCGCUGUGGUUGCUGAAGAAGAAUCGAAUAAUCAAGGGCGGAGAACAGGGUAUCGUGGCUCUAUUCUUGGUCACAAUAUUAUCAAUUGUAAUAGAAAGGAAGUGGAAGCUCAUAAUCCAUAUUUCAAACAAAGGACAGAUGCUCUUGGUGUUCUUGGUUUAUCUUGCCUUCAAAAGGUAACUGCAGCUCACAGAAUACUUGCAUAUGGUAUUCCUGUAGAUCUUACUGAUGAAUAUCUUCGAAUUGGAGAAACCACUGCGAUAGAAAGUCUUAGAGCUUUCGUCAAAGCAAUCGUAGAAGUUUUUGGUGAUUGGUAUCUAAGGGCACCAAACGAGAAAUGCCCAAUUGCAUGGCAUGGGAUGUAUACUGGUCAUUGUCGUGAACCAACUAUAAUUCUAGAGGCGGUGGCUUCACAAGAUCUUUGGAUAUGGCAUGCCUUUUUUGGAAUGCCUGGAUCAUUAAAUGAUAUUAAUGUUCUUGAUCGGUCACCUAUCUUCGCUGCACUUGCUGAAGGUCGAACUGCUCCUGUCAAUUAUACAAUUAAUGAGCAUGAAUAUAUAAUGGGAUACUAUUUAGCAGAUGAGAUUUAUCCUAAUUGGUCAACCUUUGUUAAGACAAUCCCAAGGCCAUUAGGAGCAAAGAGAAAAUAUUUUGCAAGUAAGCAAAAGUCUGCAAGAAAGGAUGUGGAGCGGGCAUUUGGGGUGCUCCAAUCUCGUUUUACAAUUGAUGAAGGAGCAAUGAACCUUGGAUUAGACCAUGAACGUGAAGUCAAUUCCUUUAUAUCAGUGUCACAUGGUGAAAUACCAGAACUACAUGAUUUUCUUCAAACUCAUAAUCGAAUCAGGGAUAGAGCAACUAGCUCUCAACUACAAGAAGAUUUGGUUGAACAUUUGUGGGAACAAUAUGACAACGAGUAG